AAACCAGUCAAAAAGUUAUCAUGUCAUGCUCACUAUAAUAAAAAACAAAAGCUUGAGAAAGAAGAAAAUUCGACCUUGUUAACAGAUUAUAAUGUGUUAAGACUAAUUUUACCAUUGAUAACUAGCGAUAUUAUUUUUGAUUCAAAUCAGAAGAGUAUCUCCCUUUGUCCAUCAGAUUAUAUAUCAUUAGGAGGUGUUAAAAUUUGCGAAGAAAUUUCAUCCAAAGAUCUUUUAGUCGACAUGCUAAUUCAAGAGGCAAG